AUGCCUAACGCCGACCAGUAUCGUUGCUCCGUCGGCGGUGAAUGGAAGAAGCUUGGUGCCUUCUCCAAGAGUCAACAGAAGCGUGCCAACCUCAAAGACCGUGCUAACCCUGGUAUGAUCUGCAUGGAGCACAGCCAGCCAGUCCGCUGUGAGAUCACUUGCACCGUCUGCGACAGAGCCAGACCCAUCGAUAACUACUCUCAUGGCGAACGCAAGUCUGACAACCCGCGCUGCGAACAAUGUGUGGCUUGGGAUACGGACCAAGAGUAUGGCGUCGUUCCUAUCCAGUUGGCCACCGGACAUCGUUCUGCCGAGGAGCCAGAACUCAAAUCAUACUCUGCGCCAACAGACACCGCCGCCUUUUUCGAGUCCGAGAACAUGCCUUUUGCCCCUAUCACCGGUCCUGAGAGCCUUGGCCUACAGCCAACCCCGGGCUACAAUAGAGCAUUCUUGCAUGUCGUUGGUAACACGGAUACCGUCGGCAACUCGGAGACAUCGGUUCGAGCGACUACAGUGUCGUACUCUGAGACAUCGAGCGUUGUAAACGAGAACAGGUCGACUACUUCGAGCCACCUCCCUCCUCACCUACGAAGUCGCAUCGCCAACAAUACCUCGUCGGCCACACCUAGCCAAAACGCUGAUGUUCCACGCUUCCUCCAAGAUUUCUUUCAAGAUAUGAAACUAGGUGGAAGCUCUGUUGCAGAGAACUCAAAGGGUAUGGCAGGCGCUGCAGUUGCGGGAAGGAAGCUCCCUCCUCAUCUGCAAGGCAAGAAGAAGCCAGAACAGAGUAGUGAAGCAACCCCGUCUGGCAUGAAUGGGAGCACCACUGGUAGUAUUUCAACUGCCACGACCCUUCGAAAGGAGCAAGAGGAGGAUGCUGCCCUUCGGCAGAUUACCUAUAAUGCAUGGGAUUCUAGAGGUGCUCAUCACAGAGCUACCAAGAAUCCUACAGUGGUCUCUAGCUCCGCUUCCGUCGUCUCGGCGUCUGGCAAGACUGAUCAGGAUUCCAACCUCGUUGGUAACUGGGAUGACAUCCCUGCUGCUCCAAUGCCACAGACUAGUGGUAGAGGCAAGUGGCCCAAGGCCAGCGAACUCCGAUUCACUCAGGCCCAGCUCAAGCUGCAAGAGCGACUGUCUGGACGCCAAAAAUAG